GCGAGUGUCUGGCUGUAAUAAGAAGCAGGCGCCUCCCUUCCUUGUCUUUCAUUUGAAUCUUGAGGCUGCACAGGAGCAACACACAGCAGGAGCAACGCACCGAGUGUUGAGAUGGAAGAAGUACUCGCUCCUUUGAGGCAGGCCGUGAAGGAACAGGGUGACUUAGUGCAUCAGCUGAAGGAGAAAGGCACCUCAGAGCAGGAGGUGAACAGAGCGGUCGCAGAACUGAAGGCCCGGAAGAAGACCCUCGAAGCAAAGGAGCUGGCUUUGCAGCCUAAAGAUGAGACAGUGGACAGAGCGAAGAUGGAGGACACGUUAAAGAGGAGGUUCUUCUACGAUCAGGCUUUCGCCAUAUAUGGAGGUGUGAGCGGUCUCUAUGACUUCGGCCCAGUCGGCUGCGCCCUGAAGAACAACAUCCUGCAGGUGUGGAGGCAGCACUUCAUCCAGGAGGAGCAGAUCCUGGAGAUCGACUGCACCAUGCUGACCCCCGAGCCCGUCCUCAAGACGUCUGGACACGUGGAUAAAUUCGCCGACUACAUGGUGAAAGAUGCCAAGACUGGAGAAUGCUACAGAGCAGAUCAUCUUCUCAAAGCUCACUUAAAAAAGCUCAUGUCUGAUGAGAAAUGCUCAGCCGAAAACGUGACUGAAAUGGAGGACGUAAUCACCCAGAUGGACAACUACACUCAGCAGGAGCUGGCUGGUCUGUUUGUGAAAUACAACGUCAAGUCUCCCUCCACAGGAAACGACCUCACACCUCCCACCUCCUUCAACCUGAUGUUCCAAACAUCUAUUGGGCCAGGAGGGAACAUGCCCGGCUACCUGAGGCCUGAAACAGCUCAGGGGAUGUUCCUCAACUUCAAACGCCUGCUGGAGUUCAACCAGGGCAAACUUCCCUUCGGUGCCGCUCAGAUCGGAAACUCCUUCAGGAAUGAAAUCUCCCCACGAUCUGGGCUCAUUCGCGUUAGGGAGUUCACCAUGGCUGAGAUCGAGCACUUCGUGGACCCAAGCGACAAGGUCCACCCUAAAUUCUCCAACGUGGCCGACCUGGAGAUCAUGCUGUUCUCCUCUAAGGCUCAGACCAGCGGCCAGUCGGCACAGAUCAUGAGGCUGGGGGACGCUGUGGAGCAGGGAGUGAUCAACAACUCUGUGCUGGGCUACUUCAUUGGAAGAAUCUACCUGUAUCUGGUUAAAGUGGGACUGUCCAAAGAUAAAGUGCGCUUCCGUCAGCACAUGGACAACGAGAUGGCUCAUUACGCGUGCGACUGCUGGGACGCCGAGUCCAAAACCUCCUACGGAUGGAUUGAGAUCGUGGGCUGUGCUGACCGCUCCUGUUACGACCUGUCAUGCCACUCCAGAGCCACCAAAGUGCCUUUAGUGGCGGAAAAGCCCCUGAAAGAACCCAAAACAGUGAAUGUUGUCCAGUUUGAGCCCAACAAAGGAGCCCUUGGUGUGGCCUUCAAGAAAGAUGCCAAGCUGGUCCUGGAGUACCUGGCUGUGUGUGAUGAAUGCUACAUCAGCGAUCAGGAGAAGCUUCUUUCAGAAAAAGGGGAGUUCAGCUUUGAGACCGAAGGCAAAACCUUCACGCUGACCAAAGACAUGGUCAGUGUCAAGAGGUUCCAGAAAACCCUGCACGUGGAGGAGAUUGUUCCCAACGUAAUCGAGCCCUCCUUCGGCAUCGGUCGAAUCAUGUACUCUAUCUUCGAGCACUCAUUCUGCAUCCGGCAGGGGGACGAACAGAGGACGUAUUUCAGCUUCCCUGCCACUGUGGCUCCGUAUAAAUGCUCCAUCCUGCCUUUGAGUCACAACCAGGAGUUUGUGCCGUUUGUUCAGCAGUUAUCCGAGGCUAUGACCAGAAAUGGCGUGUCCCACAAGGUGGACGACUCAUCCGGGUCCAUCGGGAGGCGCUACGCGAGGUCGGACGAGAUCGGAGUGGCGUUCGGCAUCACCGUCGACUUUGACACGGCCAAGAAGACGCCUCACACGGCCACUCUGAGGGACCGAGACUCGAUGAGGCAGAUCAGAGCAGAGGUCGCAGAGUUGCCUGAUAUUGUUCGAGAUCUGGCGAAUGGCGUCUUGGUGUGGGCUGAUGUGGAGAGCAAGUACCCGAUCUUUGAAGGACAGGAGAGCAGCAAGAAGGAGUAGCCAGACGGGGAUUUCCCUGCAGACGUGGACCAAAUUUUCAAGAGAGAUUUUACAUUUAUAGGACCAAUGUGUUAGCCUAGCAUUAUUAUGUUAUUAUAUAUCAUGUUAUUAUGUCUGUGAAGGUUCUCAGUCCUCCAGGUCAUGGUAAUUUACAAGGAAACAUAAACUGUUUCAACCAAUACUGACAAAAAAAAAGUCUGAAUGCAACUAGAACCAGUCUGAGACAUUUUGAAAAGCUACAAAAGAUUAUUGGUUGUUUAAGUUUGUCUAGCUUCAGAGUCACCAAUGUGAAAGUCUAUAUUUUAUAUAUAUAUAUAAAACAUAUAUAUAUAUAUAUGGGUUACAGUUUAUAUCCUAGACAACGUAAUACAAUUUCUAAAUGAACCUAAUCUCUUGAUGCAUUAUAAACUUAAUUUUGGCACCUUUUCGGCAACUGUAGCUUCUCCUGCACGCUUGAUAAAGGUGUUAGUUGCAAAGUUACACUUCACCACUAGAUGGCACUAAAGCCGACACACUGGUCCUUUAACAGUGGUCAAAUCUUAAAAUAUUCACAAAUUAUUAAAUUUAUGGUUUUAGAAAUGAAUGACUGUAAUUGUAUUUUAAUUUCCAGGUUUGCUGAACUUAUUAUCUUAUAACAGACUGAAGAAAUGCGAGUUGUAGGGUUAUUAAAGUCCCCACAUGCCUUUACCGACAGUUUUUUUUUUAUAUAUUUUUUUAUACUGUAAUUCGGUUAAACCUGUCAAAUAAACCGCUUGACUGUGCAGCUCUUUUCUUUGUCUCCUAGUGUGGGAGAAGGUUGCUUUGCUUUUAUAGCUGUACUGACACCACUAUA